GCGUAACGGGGGCACGUGCGCUCGAUUUUACAGUCGCUCCUCGGGAGCGCACUGCCUCCGCCAGAGCGCGCAUUGAGGAGUCAGAAGUCUGUCCGUAUAGCUCUGCCAUCUGAAGUUUCUCACUGUCUUUGCUUGGGGAUUUAAUUUCGAAGAUAAACGGGGAGCGGGAGUAUAUUUCCUAUAGAGGAACAGUAUUAAGCCAUGCGUUUUAAUUCUGUAUCAUUUUGAAAUAUCACAAAGCAUCAGCAUUGGGGGAAUAUGUCUCUUUCUAAACGAAACCACGGGUAACGGUUUCUACGGAAUGUGGGCUUGAGUUCCCCUCCUGAGCGGAAGAGUGAACUUUUCUCUAAUAAAUGAGGCAUUGGAUUAUUUAGACUGAAAAAGAAAACCAUGGUUCGACAAACGCUGGAUGCAGUUUGGGAUUUUUAAGGUCAGAGAACGUUUAGACAACAGCGUUGGUAUUUUAACAGGACAAAGCAGAAUACGGUUAUUUGGAGGGAACAUAUGACAGGAGGAGCGCGCAUCUUUAACGCACACGGAUUCCCUAUCAUAAACAGCAAGAUGUAUAUCUAUAUUUACGGCGUUCUGCUCUUUUUAGAUGAGCUAAUGUUCUCCAUGUCAAGCUCCUCCAUUCUUUCCGGGUCUGGGCACCAGGAACCAAUCGACUGUUUAAGGGCCAACGAGAACUGUAACCAGGACCAAAAAUGCAGCCAACGCUUCAGGAUCAUGAGGCAGUGUCUGGCAGGCAAGGACAGAAACACCAUGCUGGCCAAUAAGGAUUGCCAGGUAGCCAUGGAGGUGUUGCAGGAGAUGGCUCUGUUCGACUGCCGCUGCAAGAGAGGAAUGAAGAAGGAAAUGCAGUGCUUGCAGAGUUACUGGAGCAUCAACAUAGGCAUGACUGAAGGCGAAGACUUUUAUGAGCCGUCUCCUUAUGAACCAAUGACGCCUCAUCGCCAGUCAGAUGCAUUUCGCCUGGCGUCAAUCAUCUCAGGCAUACAUUCUGGCACUGGAAAAGGGCAGCCGCACUGCUCUGAUCCCAGCCGCCCAUGAAACCCCUGCCUGGACGCCACCAAAGCCUGCAACCUGAACGAAAGCUGCAAACGCCAGCGCUCCAACUACAUCUCCACCUGCAACCGCGCACAGGCCCAGGGGCAGCAGCCCUCGCAGACGCAGCCUCAGUCGCAGGAAAGCUGCAACAGGAAGCGCUGCCACAAGGCCCUGCGUCAGUUCUUCGAGCGCGUCGACACGCAGUUCAGCUACGGGCUGCUCUUCUGCUCCUGCAAGGACCAGGCCUGUGCCGAGAGGAGACGGCAGACCAUCGUGCCCAACUGCUCGUACCAGGACAAGAACAAACCAAACUGCCUACAGCUGCGCAACAACUGCCGUCUGGACGUACACUGCAGGUCACGGCUGGCUGAUUUCCACACAAACUGUCAGAUGACCCCUCACUCCGUCUCCAGCUGUCUCAACGAUGACUAUCAGGCAUGCUUGGCAUCCUACACCAGACUCAUCGGUACAGACAUGACUCCAAACUACGUAGACUCGGGUCACUCCAACUUCACCAUCUCCCCCUGGUGUACCUGCCGAGGCAGCGGGAAUCAGGAGGAGGAGUGCGAGAAAUUCCUACAGGACUUUAGAGAAAACACCUGCCUCCGAAAUGCUAUUCAGGCUUUUGGCUACGGGUCCAAGCCUGACCCUCAGCCUACUAGCGACUCGAUCAAACCCGAUCUCGUGGCCACAGCAAAUGUUCCAAAAACAACCAUGGAACCCGGGGAGGAGCCCUGCAUCAUCUCGUCCUGUGCAAAUUUACACGAACUUGGAGAGGAUUGCUAUCCUUCAAAAGACUACAUCUGCGAAAGUGAGGUUCGUGGCAGUCCACCUAACACAAGGGUAGAAGAUCCCAGGAAUUCAAGUCCAGGCACAAAAGCCCUGACUGACGUCUUCAUGCUCUGUCUGCUGUUUGCUUUCGGAAUCCUCACUAUAUAAACCUACCUGAGCUUCAUAUGCCUGCAUAGGGAGGACAAGGCCGAAGGAAACUCUUCAUGAUCAUCUUCAGACCAAACUCACACCUCUCUCCUCUAUACUGCAACUCUUUUUCCUUUCAAACACACACCAAACCACAAAGAGAGACAACAAAGAGACACAUAUCGCAAGGACUGCUGCAUAUUUGCAAAGGCGGAAUGGGAGAGAUGCUGAACAAAUGACAAAGAAAUGGAUAUUGCUUACUUGAUUCCAAAGUAAAGACCUGUUGGGUAUGCCGAUGGGUCUUAUUGCUGAUUGGUGGACCUGGAACUAAAAACCCAGGCACAGAGCUUUCCAGUCUAUUCCUGCCGCCCACACUGAACACUAGAAAGGGGCAUCUCGCACAACCCACCAGGCCCGUUGUCCGCAAACGGAUUACCCAGAAACAUUCUCCAUACCGGCACCACUGCCCAUUUAUCGGAUUUUCAGAGCUCCUCUUUGACAGGUGCUUCAGCUUUCUCAUUGUGAUUAUUCUUUCCGCUUCCGUCUUUUCUCUUCCCUUUGUUCACCAGUCGAACAGGAGUAAUUACUUUCCCGUUGUCCUUUUUAAACAUGAAGCGUUUGAAGUUUAAAUCCACAACCUGUCGAGACGGCGCACGGCAGUGACAACUCUCUUCGUAUUUUGUUUGAUUCGGAAAAGAACAUUGAGAUGAAAGUUGAUUUAAACGUACCGGUGGGUGAAGAGGCGCUGAUUUUUACGAGAGGAUUAGCCGGGGGUCAGUGAGUGUACGCUGACGAUGGGCUACCCACACAUGUAUCAUUUUGUCUGUGAAUAUGAAUGUUUUUUCUUUCCAAAAGUACAGUUGUUAAUUAUUACGUAAUGUCUUUAAGUGAAGGAUGUUGAGGCUGAAGAAAUGUCUAGAAUUCUUGAGACGAGCAGCAGGAGAGGAAGGACUGUAUGACCGCAGAAGUGCUCAGACCAGUAAUCACGCUAGUAAUUGCAGAAUCUAUCUCCGACUAAAUGGAGAAAAGUUUCAAAGACGGCAAGCACUCUGACACAUUCAUUGUUACGUAAAUCUUCGUGUGCAAUUUAUGAUGUGGCCUUACUCUUUGUUUUUCCUCAUUAUUUUCGAGACGCCAAGGCAGCACGCUGUGUGGGAAAGACAGUUUUUGCGGAGUUUUGAUAAGGGGAAAAAAGUGUAUUCAACCCAAUUCACAAAUUCAGUAAAUGCACUAGAUUCUUUUAUCAACAUUCCAAAUAAUGACGUUAAGAACAGACAUCUAUAUAUAUAUAUAAAUAUAAAUGUAAAGUACAAAUCUGAAAAGAUUUAUAUAUUGUGUCUUAGGCUUGUUAAAUAUGUACCAUCGCAGCGGAACAAAUGACAAAUAUGAACAUACUUUGUGUAAAUACGACACUAUUGGAAAAAGGAGAAAUUCAUUAAAGACAUGUUGUAUCGGUCAGGGUUCAUGUGUGUAAACAGAUUACCAGUCAACAUCAACGGGAUUUUGUUUUUCAGUCAAAUAAAAAUUGAGCCAAUACUUUGUAGAACGAAAGGCUUUAUAAGAUCAAUGCUGUGCAGCUGUACUGUAAUAUUGUUUCUGAAGGAUACGAUGAUUUUAAAAAUCCGUUCUAUUUUACCAUGCCAUGCCGAAAACGAAUGUUUCUGUGCUUGUUUCUUUCAUUGGAUUGAGUCGUUUGAGCAAAGCCCUGAAGUGUGAGUGUUCUGACUAAAUGCCGCAUUUCUCUAUUCGUGCUGUGUUUAAACACUUGAAGUAUAUAGACGUGUAUACAGUAUAUUUUUGACAAAACAAAAUAUAUUUUAAGGGAGUUAUUGAGGCAGGUUUGUCAUUGUUCGGUGAGAACGAAAACAAAUUUAAACGGGGAGAAAAUGAUCUUGGAGCCAGAUUGACGUUGAUUGGUUCAAUGUGGGCACGGACCUACUGGUGAACAGAAUUUAAAAAGGAAAAAAAAACAUUUGUUGAAAUUCUUUGCAAGUUGUCAAUUCACAUUCAGUACAAGAGAAUUUGAAUCUUAAUGUAUCGAGGUGCAAAGUGCCUGCCAAAUAGUCCCCAACACAGUGUUGAAUUAUCAAAAACUGGCGUGGAUACAGAACCGCUCUAUUGUUGUGUGUGUGUGAUAGAGAGAGAGUGUGUGUGUGUAUCCUACAUGUACAGCAUAAAUUUGUAACACAAAAAAUGUCUGGUCGGUGUGUGGGGUGUUUCAGACUGUUUGAAUGACAAACGCAAGCUUCACAUGCACUUAUAUGAGUACUCAUCUAAAAGAAAUGAAUCCUGAUAAAGAGUAGCACUUCACUGUCAGCUUAUGCCAUGUCACCUGACAUUGAUAAGACAUUGUGAUUUGAUCAACAGUUCUACGUCAUCUCAUUGUUGCUUUGAUGUAAGGCUCACCUCCUUUCUGUAGACUGCUGUGAGGUCCAGAUAUGCUAAUGCUGUGCUUGUUUCCUGAUCAAUAAAGCCACUUCAAUUUGUA